AUGGGUCACAAGGGUGGAAGUGGCGAGACAAGCCGUCAAGAUCUUAGGCCGGCGCAUGAACGUGGCAGACGGGAGGCCAGGGUCAAGGCUCCCAAUCCACCUAUAUUCAAGGGGGUCCGUGACGCUCAAGAGGUGGAAAACUUUCUAUGGCACUUGAAGAAUUAUUUCAAGUGUAGUAGGGUGAGAAGCGACGAGAACAAGAUCAACACUGCCAUAGUGUACUUCUCUGAGAUGGCUAUGCUGUGGUGGAGGCGCAAAGAGGCCAAGAUCGGGAAGGGGACGUGCACCAUCAACACGUGGGAGCAAUUCCGCAAAGAAUUCAAGAAAUCCUUCUUCCCAAAUAAUGUCGUGUACAAGGUCAAGCGCAAAUUCCGAGAAUCAAAGCAAACGAGAAGCAUUUGGGCGUAUGUGAAGGAGUUCACAACUCUAACACUUCAAAUUCCCAAACUCAUAGACGAGGACAUGAUGUUCCACUUUAUGGAUAGACUACAAAAUUGGGCUAAGACAGAGUUGGAGCGCUGA